AUGGAGAGCUACGCGGAUCUCGAAGCACCUCCCGCUGGUGACGCCCGAGGACAGUCCUAUUCUCGAACUCCUCCUCCUCGAAGAUACGAUGAUGAUGAGGCAGACGAUGGCCGAGACCGAAGGGACGCACGCGACGGUGGCAGUCCCCCUCCCAAGCGAAGCAGGAGCCCUCCCCCCCGCAAUGGUGAUGGACCUCCUCCUAGGAACGGAGAAGAUGGUCCCCGCAAGGCUGCUCGCGCUCAAGGCCCACCACCCAAGCCAUCCAACGCACCCCCGGCCAGCCCUAGCAACGUCGUAGGAGUCUUUGGUCUCAGCAUUCGAACCACAGAGAGGGACCUCGACGAGGAGUUCGGCAGGAUUGCACCGGUUGAGAAGGUCACCAUUGUCUACGAUGCCCGCUCUGACCGAUCUCGAGGCUUCGGCUUUGUGACCAUGAAGGACUUGGAAGGCUCUGAGGCAGUCAUCAAGGCCCUCAAUGGAAUCGACCUGCACGGACGAAGGAUCCGAGUCGACUACUCUGCUACCAGGCGCCCUCACUCACCUACCCCUGGAGAGUACAGAGGCAAUCUUCGUCCAGACGACCGGUACCGUGGCCCUGGUGGCGGCGGCCCCCCUCCCCGCGGUCCACCUGGUUACGGACCCCCUUCGGGUUCGCGCUAUGCUCCCGGAGGCGGUUAUGGAGCGCCUCCUCCCUUUGAUGGACCUUACGGACCCCCUGGUGGAGGCUAUGGCCGCUACGGCCCACCUCCUGACCGAUACGGACCCCCUCCCCCUCGAGGCGGACGAGGUGGCUAUGGUGGAGACUAUGGAGGUCGAGGCGGCUACGGCCCGCCAGCCGAUGUUGCAGACGACUGGAGGCGACCUCCUGGAGGCCGAGGUGGAUACGGCCCUCCUCCAGGAGACCGCGGCAGCUACGGCGGCCGUGACCGAGAGCGUGCCCCGAGGGAGUACAGCCCUCCUCGCUCUCGCAGACACCGUGAUAGUCCCAGCCCUCCUCCUAGGAAGAGAGACAGCCGAAGCCCUCUGCCCAGGCGACGCGAUGAUGACUACUAG